AUGUCUCAUCUGCUCUUGUUCACGCUGGCGUCAGCCGAUGGUGGCACCAAGUCUCCACUUUCAGGUUGGGAAGGGCUCGACCACUUGCACCCCGUCACCGGCUCGACUUCGGAGUACCUUCCCAUCUUCCUUGGGUCUGCCGAGCCCAUGGGCCAAUGGCGAAAAUCCCGCACUGCUAGCUGGGACUCGGUUGUGGCCAGAAAUCCCGCAGUUGUUCAGCUGUGGGAAGUAAAAGCUCCAAACCCCGAAUGCGAUUUGCCUUGGGCGCAGCUUCCCGUCGCCCUUGUCACAAGAUGA